UUUCUUCUUGGCAUUUGGUUUAGAAAAUAAGUGUUGAUAUUUCGUACGUUCAACGUAGUUACUGAUACUAGAGAAGAAAUUUAUGUAAACCCAAUACCACUUACUAAUCACUAUAAAAACCUCUUGUAGUCAUUGUGAGAACUGGUUGAAAACAGAGCAAGUUAACCUUAAAAUGGCAGACGAGGAUUUCAGUAAACUUUUACAGCAAGCUGAACAGCUAACGACUGAAAUCGAAGGCAAUGAAGAACUUCCAAGAGUGGAGCGUUCCUUGGGACAGGUAUUGGAAGCCUCGCACGAAUUAUAUUCAAGAGUAAUCCAAUCCGGUCCAAACCACCUUCAAGCCCAUGUAUUAUUUGGAUCAAAAGGAAUUGACCUUCAACAGAUAUCACAGAAGUUAGAAACAUUAUCUUCCAAAAGGACUUUUGAACCUUUACAACCUAUCGCAGAUUCUGAUAUUGAAAGUUUUCUAAAAAAUGAAAGAGAAAAUGCCAUACUUUCACUCAUUGAUGAAGUUAAUAAAAAUUCUCUCCAAACCACUGAAGAUCAAAAAUGGGAACACAUGUUAUCUGAGUGGAACAAAGAAAAAAUUAAGUUGAUGAACGCCAUGAUAGGACCCUCGCAGAAUUGGCUAGACCUCAAGCGCACACCAGAACCGCCCAGUAUAGCGGACACUCCUAAAAAGUUUGGUCACUCUAUGCUGGACAGUAUUGAAGCGGCGUACGCUAGACAAGUGCAGCAAUACAACAAGCUCAUCUCUCACGGAGCCAAGUCUAGGACGGCUUUGCAUCAAAAGUUCUCACAAGUCGCUGAUGAGUUUAAUGAUCCUAAAGUGAAGGAAAUGUGGGAAAUAAUUAAAACUAUGGCAAAUAUUCCAGCACUUGUUAGAGAUGAAGACCCCUUAAAAGCUAGAGGGAAUCCUACAAUACAGCAGUGUCUUAUAGCUCAAGGGAAAAAAUAUUUAGAAAAGAGAUACAAACAAUAUAUGAGUGAUGUAGUCCGAGCAAACCCGGCAGCAGCAAUGCGAGGUGGUGAGCCGGGUACAUUCCCCUUGGUGCGAGGUUACGUAGGGCUCCGCCUUCAAGGACAGAACAUUCAAGGCCUCACCGAUGGAGUCGUUGAUGACCGACCACUUUGGCCCAUGGUUUACUAUUGCUUGCGAAGUGGUGAUGCGAACGCCGCUUUGUAUUGCUUGAGAAAAGCUGGCCGUGACCACGAAGAGUUUACAGCUGCACUAGAAGACCACAUAAGAAAUCCAGAGCAAGCUCUCAGCGAUAAAUUGCAAACAGACAUAAAUUCAAAGUACAGAGUCCAAAUUCGCCAUUCAACAGAUCCAUACAAAAGAGCCGUGUAUUGUGUGGUGGGCUGCUGUGACGUGAGCGACGAACACUCUGAGGUGGCGCGCACGGCGGACGACUAUCUGUGGCUGAAGCUGUCGGUCAUCAAGUCUCGCUCGAACAAUAAGACUGAAUCGCUCACUUACUCGGAUUUACAGAAAAUGAUUCUAGAAGAAUAUGGUGAAACACAUUAUCACGCACAUGAGAAGCCACUUGUAUACUUCCAAGUGUUAACUUUGACGGGUCAGUUCGAGCCUGCUAUAGAAUUCCUGUCUAGAAUACCCAGGUAUCAAGUCCACGGCGUCCACAUGGCGUUAGCCCUUCACGAUGUCUAUAUGCUGGGUACUCCACGCAACGUACAGGCUCCUUUAUUGUCAGUUGAUACAGACGAUCCCGUACCGCUGCGGCGUUUAAAUUUAGCGCGUCUCAUACUGCUUUACGUCAGGAAAUUCGAACUUUCCGAUCCUUCGGACGCUUUGAACUAUUACUUCUUUUUAAGAAAUCUAAAGGAUCCCAGCGGCAAGAAUCUGUUCAUGUGCUUCUGCACGGACCUCGCCCUGGAGAGCCGGGACUACGACCUGUUGUUCGGUCGCAUGGACCCCAGCACCGGCGUGCGCAGUGCCGGCCUGUUGGACCAGUUUAAUAACCCUAACAUUGACAGCAAGGUCAUUGCCCUCAAUGCUGCAGAACAACUAGUGAACAAAGGCCUCUUUGAAGAUGCUAUAAUAGUUUAUGAUAUAGCUGGAAACCUGGAGAAGGUGCUGGAGCUGUUCUGCGUGCUGCUGGCGCAGGUGGUGAGCGCGGGCGGCGAGGCGGGCGGGCUGCGCGCGCGGCUGGCGGCGCUGGCCGAGCACGUGUCGCGACGCCUGCGCGCGGCGGAGGCGUCCCCGCCGCCGCCGCUGCUCGACGCCUACACCAAGCUGUGCAAACUGUGCACGUUCUUCGACCACUUCCACACGGAGAACUACGAGGCGGCGUUGGAGACAGUGCGUUCGUGUGAGGUAGUUCCGCUGCGGCAGAGCGAGCUGGAGGCGUGCGUGGCGGGCGCUCGGGCGGCGCGCGGCGAGCUGCUGCGCGCGCUGCCGGCCGUGCUGCGCGCGCUGUGCCACAUCCUCAUAGCGCAGCGACAGAAGCUGUCGACCCUCGCUGCGCACACGGCUACCAAGCAAUUGGAGUGGCUGCGAGAACAAGCUGAGGUUCUUAACACUUUUGCUGGCAACAUUGCGUACAGGAUGCCUGGAGACACUUACAGCCAGCUAGCACAGAUGCAGAUUUUAAUGCAUUGAUAUUUUUUAAUUUUUAAAAAGGAAAUUAUUGAGAAAGUAAACUGAUUUUUAGUACAAA